AUGCAAAUUAGUGCAGUUGACAAAAUUGUAAUAAUUCAAUUAAAAAACAAUCCGUCAUUUGAAGAAAAGCAAUUUUCAAAUGUAAAAGCAUUGGAUCUUGAAAGGCCAAAAAUAGUGUUAAAAUUUUUAGUUAAUAAAUUUCAAAAAAACCUAAAAAUGAGUAUUAUAUGCGAGAAGAAAGAAUUUGUUUUUCAUUUAGAAGAAUAUGAUGAUUAUUAUUCAUCUAUAUAUUUUGAUCAGAGAAUUUGUCUAAAUGAUAAAUAUUUGCUUAAAGUAGAGAAAAAUGAAUUCGAUAUUGUAGGUUUUUGGUGGAUUAAAAAUGAGAAUCGAAACUUCAAGCUCGAAACUAGAAAGUUAUAG